AUGCAGAACAACCACUUUGUUUGCACCCUGGGUCAAGCUGCCGCUCUCAGCACCACUCCGAAGUCAUACCGAAAUAUUAGCCAAUUUAUCAGCCUGCAGUCCCAACACCACCCCUUACUCCCUGCCGUCGGCUUCCCCAUCCCCAGUCCCGACCAACGGGAAUGGAACUACCAGGUCCUGACCUUUGACCAUGUCGACCGCGGUGUCGACGUCUUCGCCUCACGCCUAUCAAUAGCUCUUGAUCCCCCCACACAGCCGCACACUGUCGCGCUGCUCAGUCACAGCUCCCCUGAGUUCCUCUUCACUUGGUUGGGGCUAAUACGACUGGGUCAUUCCGUCUUACUCGUAGCCCCCCAGUGUCAGCCGGCUGCAAUACUGCACCUUUGCGCCGUGUCUGAGGUUUGUGUCCUCUUUUAUGAUGCCGCCCAUGCCGACAUAGCGGAAACGACGGAAGAGCUAGCAAAGGGGCAGCGACUGCCGGCACUAGAGAUAAAGCCGCUACCAUUACGUGCAUCCGAAAACGUCUGGCAGGCCAUCCAGGGACAGCCCGAGGGUAGCGUUGAGCCUCUUCAUGCCGAUGAACGAGUCAUUGCCUAUUUGCACCAUACUUCUGGAACCUCCUCUGGCCUUCCAAAGCCUAUUCCGCAAUCUCAUCGUGCAGCCGUCGGCGCCCUGCCACACCUCCCCAAGAUACCCCCUGUAGCGUCCUUUACCACGACUCCCCUCUACCAUGGAGGCAUUGCGGAUUUGUUCCGAAGCUGGACCAGCAGUGCCUUGAUUUGGCUUUUCCCAGGCAAAGAUGUGCCCAUAACAGCGCGUAAUAUCUGCUGUUGCCUGGAUGCAGCCAAGGCAUACGCAGCGACCGAAGGGCUGCCCAAAGUCAAGUACUUUUCUUCGGUCCCGUACGUGCUUCAGAUGAUGGAGGCCGACGAGCGAGGCCUAGAGCUACUGCAGGGAAUGGACAUUGUAGGCGUCGGGGGCGCUGCGUUGCCAAUAGAAGUCGGUGAUCGCUUGGUCAGGAAGAGAGUCAAUCUCAUCUCACGGUUUGGAAGUGCAGAGUGUGGCUUCAUACUAUCAUCAUAUCGUGACUUUACUACCGACCAUGAUUGGCAGUACCUGAGGGACUACAACCCACCGGGGCUGCUGGAAUUCCAAGAGCGCCAAAGCGGCCUGGCAGAACUUGUCAUCAAACCUGGAUGGCCUCACAUGCAUGUGGCUGCUAAUGUCCAACAGGCAAAGCAGAACCGCCCUGAUGGAUCGUUCGCAACUGCUGAUCUCUUCGCGCCCCAUCCAAGCAUAAAAAACGCUUGGUUGUACCACUCACGAGCAGACUCCCAGCUUACUCUGAUCACGGGAAAGAAGUUCGACCCGGCACCGCUCGAGGAUGCCAUGGCAGCAUCGCCCCACCUGGGUGAUGUCCUCAUCUUCGGCAAUGACCGGCCUUUUCCCGGCGCAUUGCUCCUACGAUCUGAACAGGCCAGUGCAAUGUCAGACGAGGAGUUGCUCAGCAGUAUCAAGGAGCAAGUUGAAAGACUGAACCGAGAGAGCCAGGACCAUGCCCGAAUACCACUUGAAAUGCUGAUCCCAGUCCCCUAUCAAGAUCAGCCGCUCGAGAAAAGUAGCAAGGGUACCAAGAUCCGGAGAGCUGCAGAGUCUCGGUUCGCAGACAUUAUCAACAGUGCAUACAGCUCGCAGGAUUCCGACACGGCGCCACCGGUGAGCGACCACGACCUACCUCAGCACUUGAUCCAUCUCAUUCAGAGCAUAACUGGGCAGACUGCUGAGCUAAGGGAAGACAUGGACUUGUUCGCGUAUGGCGUUGAUUCGAUUGCAUGCAUGCAGUUGAGAACGCGUCUGAGGCGACUGAUCCCAAACAUGGAGGGACAGCUCCCCAUGAGCGUGGUUGAAGACUGCGGUUCCAUUCGACGACUGACAGACUACGUGUUGCGAAAACGACGCGGCCAAGGCGACUCGGGAGAAGAAGACGAAGAGCAACUGAUGCUGGACAUGGUAGAGCGGUAUGGCGCGUUUGAACAGUCGAAACAGGGCACAUUUGGCCAUGGAGAGAAGAAGGGAGACGGCCAAGUUGUGGUGCUCACCGGGGCCACUGGUGCUUUGGGUACGCAUAUCCUAAGUCUACUGCAGAAAGCUACCGACGUCACGGCCGUAUAUUGUCUGGUAAGAGGGGCGGAUGAACAAGCAGCAAGGGAGCGGGUUAACACGGCACUGCAACAACGAGGUCUGAUCGACUUGGGCCCACCCGAUGCCCCGUAUGGCAAUAUCAAAGUCGUGCCAGCGCAGUUUGGUGAAGAGCGUCUGGGCCUGGAUGAUGACACUUAUGAUUAUCUUGCAAAGGAAGCAACUCUGAUCAUCCACGUCGCAUGGACAGUCAACUUCCGUCUCAAGCUUCGAAGUUUUGAAAAGGACAACAUUGCGGGAGUGCGGAACCUACUCAACCUCGCGUUGAGUGCACGACGCUCGCUGCCUCCUCGCUUCCUAUACUGCUCCUCGACGGCAGCGGUUAUCAAUGACCCACCAAAUGCUGCAGGCGAGUUGCCUGAGGAGGUCCCGUCUAAGCCUGUUUCAGCAUCGCCGUUGGGUUACUCUCGCUCCAAAUGGGUUGCCGAGCACAUUUGCCUAAGAGCACACGAGCAAACAGCGCUUGGUGGGCGGAUCGCGGUUGUUCGUGUUGGCCAGCUCGCUGGUGACUCGACGACCGGGGUCUGGAACACGAAGGAAGCUUGGCCUAUGAUGUUGAGCACGGCGAGGCUGAUCAAGUGCCUGCCCGACUUGGACGAUGAGCCGCUCGACUGGCUGCCUGUGGAUGUGGCUGCCCGGGCGUUUUUGGACACGGCCGACACGCUCGACGGAGAUGAGACAAUGCCCGUCUACCAUGUCCUGAACCCACACCAAAGCCCGACCUGGCGCCAGAUGCUGCAGUGGCUGCAGAAGCGCGAAGACUUUGCCAUUGUCGCGCCCAAGACCUGGGUCGAACGACUGGAGGCGUCGUCGGAUUCUGACCACUCUGCCCUGAAACUCCUGGGGUUAUGGAAAGAAGCCUAUGCCACAGCGUCAGCCGCGUCAGGCCCGAGACGGCGCUUUUCUACGACAAACACCAGUAAGCGCGUAUCGGCACUGCGAGGCGUGAAGCCGCUGGACGAGGAGUAUCUCGACAGAGUAUGGUACUGGGUUCAGCAGAACGUGCGCUAG